UUUACUCAUCUCAUUGCUAGAAUUCAAACAUAUGAUCUGGUCAACCUUCCUCCAGAUGUUCUCCACGUUAUAUUUUACUCGAUCUUCUAUCUGAUUCAGUUCUAACGAUCCAACUAGUGGUGGAAUUAGAUAAAUCACCAAAAACGAAAGACUUGUUAUCUCCACUUUAAACCUGGUCUCUACCAUGCAGUGAUCAAAUCAGCGGAGAAGAAAAUAUCAUAUAUUUUCUUACAGAUGUGCAAACAAUUUAAAGUAAUCUCAAGACAUGCAAUCAUCGUGUAAGGCUUUUCAACCUGUCACAGUUAAUUAUAUAAGCAUAUUCCAAUGGCACUGCUAUCUAAACAAAGCAGUUGAGAACUUCGCAGAAGAACUAAAGUAAGUAUCAUUUUUUUUUUUGGGUCAAAAAGUAAGUAUCAUUUAAGUUCUCUAUUUAUAUCACAACCCUACUAUACACAUCUUAAAACGUAAAACACACAUUCAUGGAGGGAAUCGAUCAUAGAAUGGUGAGCGUCAAUGGCAUCACAAUGCACAUUGCCGAGAAAGGUCCCAAAGAAGGAACCGUGGUGCUUCUCCUCCACGGGUUCCCUGAUCUCUGGUACACAUGGCGUCACCAGAUCACUGGGUUGUCAUCUCUAGGUUACCGAGCCGUAGCUCCAGACCUCCGAGGCUACGGAGACUCCGAGUCGCCAGAGUCUUUCUCAGAGUACACGUGUCUUCACCUCGUUGGUGACCUCGUGGCUCUUCUUGACAGUGUUGCUGGAGAUCAAGAGAAGGUGUUUCUGGUGGGUCAUGACUGGGGAGCUAUUGUCGGAUGGUAUCUCUGUUUGUUCCGACCGGAGAAGAUCAAGGGCUUUGUGUGUUUGAGUGUGCCGUAUAAGCCAAGAAACCCCAGGGUCAAACCUGUUGAAGGUGUUAAGGCUGUGUUCGGAGAUGAUUACUACAUUUGUAGAUUUCAGGAACCUGGGAAGGCUGAAAGAGAGAUUGCAUGUGCGGAUCCAAGAAGAGUUCUGAGGACCAUCUUCACAGGGAGGGAACUCGGCCCACCGAUUCUACCUAAGGAUAACCCCUUUGGAGCAAACCCUAACCCUAACUGCGAACAAGUUGAACUUCCUGAAUGGUUUUCAAAGGAGGAUCUCGAUUUCUAUGUCUCCAAAUUCGAGAAGACAGGAUUUACCGGUGGACUGAACUACUACAGAGCCAUGGAUCUGACAUGGGAACUCACUGCACCAUGGACCGGGGCAAAGAUUCAAGUUCCGGUGAAGUUCAUGACCGGUGAUUUGGACAUGGUCUACACCACGCCGGGGGUUAAAGAGUACAUUCACGGUGGUGGGUUUGCUGCAGAUGUUCCAUAUCUUCUAGAGGUAGUUGUGAUUGAAGAUGCUGGUCACUUUGUCAACCAAGAGAAACCUCAAGAGGUCACUGCUCACAUCAAUGACUUCUUUAUCAAGCUUCAGGACAAGUACAAAAGCUUUUAGGGUUCUUGGUGAAGUCUUUGUAUUUCAUUGACUCUCAAAUAACAAUCUCGUUAUCGCAAGUGUUGUACUUCGAACAGAUUAUGAAUAAGACUUUCAUAUUAUAAAAGCUUAAA